AAAUCAACUAGCAUUAGGACCUUGCGGUCAGCACGGCCGGAUCGUGUAAAUGCGCCAUAAGUCUGUAUGAGUAGCUUGUUGCAAAACGGAGUUUCUCUGCGCUGACAGGCCCAUGUCUAUAAAUUCCACAACUACAGUAACAUCUGAGGAAGAAAGUGUAAGAUAUAUCGGCAAACCAAGAUGGAGUGCGAGUGGAAACCAGACGAGCAAGGACUUCAACAAAUUCUACAGCUUUUGAAAGAGUCUCAGUCUCCCGAUACGUCCACUCAAAGAUCCGUCCAGCAAAGACUGGAACAGCUCAACCAAUACCCCGACUUUAACAACUACUUGAUAUUCGUGCUGACCAAGUUAAAAUCGGAAGAUGAGCCGACCCGCUCUCUGAGCGGUCUGAUCCUGAAGAACAAUGUGAAGGCACACUAUCAGACCUUCCCCAGUGGAGUGUCGGACUUCAUCAAAAGCGAGUGUCUGCAGAACAUCGGAGACUCUUCGCCCCUCAUCCGGGCCACUGUAGGUAUCCUCAUCACCACCAUAGCAUCCAAAGGGGAGCUGCAAAACUGGCCUGAGCUGCUUCCCAAACUCUGUCUACUGCUGGACUCUGAGGACUACAACACCUGUGAGGGGGCGUUUGGAGCUCUUCAGAAGAUCUGUGAGGACUCAGCCGAGAUCUUGGACAGUGACAUGUUGGACCGUCCACUCAAUGUCAUGAUCCCAAAGUUCCUGCAGUUCUUCAAGCACAGCAGCCCUAAGAUCAGGUCUCAUGCCGUCGCCUGUGUCAACCAGUUCAUUAUCAGUAGGACUCAGGCCCUCAUGCUCCACAUUGACGCCUUCAUCGAGAACCUGUUUGCCUUGGCGACCGACGAGGAGCCGGAGGUGAGGAAGAAUGUGUGCCGAGCUCUGGUUAUGCUGCUGGAGGUCCGCAUGGAUCGUCUCCUACCACACAUGCACAACAUUAUAGAGUACAUGCUUCAGAGAACCCAGGAUCAGGAUGAGAAUGUUGCUCUGGAGGCCUGUGAGUUCUGGCUCACUUUGGCCGAGCAGCCUGUCUGUAAGGAUGUGCUGUGUAACCACCUCUCCAAGCUGAUUCCGGUGCUCGUCAACGGGAUGAAGUACUCCGAGAUCGACAUCAUUCUGCUCAAGGGCGACGUGGAGGAGGAUGAUGAGGCCAUACCUGAUAAUGAGCAGGACAUCCGGCCCAGGUUCCACCGCUCUCGUACCGUUGCCCAGCAGCAUGAGGGAGACCGCGAAGGCAUCGAGGAAGACGACGACGAUGACGACGAUGACGACCUGGAUGAUGAUGACACCAUUUCUGACUGGAACCUCCGCAAAUGUUCGGCAGCGGCGCUGGAUGUGUUGGCUAAUGUGUUCAGAGAUGACCUGCUCCUUCCCAUCCUGCCUCUCCUCAAAGAGCUGCUCUUUCACCCAGAAUGGGUCAUCAAGGAGUCUGGAAUACUGGUCCUGGGAGCCAUCGCUGAGGGCUGUAUGCAAGGGAUGAUCCCCUACCUGCCGGAGCUCGUGCCCCACCUGGUCCAGUGCCUGAGCGAUAAGAAGGCUCUGGUGCGCUCCAUCACCUGCUGGACCCUGAGCCGCUACGCCCACUGGGUGGUGGGCCAGCCCCCGGAUGGAUACCUGAAGCCCCUGAUGACCGAGCUGCUGAAACGCAUCCUGGACUCCAACAAGAGGGUACAGGAGGCUGCCUGCAGUGCCUUUGCCACGUUGGAGGAGGAGGCUUGUACAGAGCUGGUUCCCUACCUGGCCUACAUACUAGACACUCUGGUGUUUGCCUUCAGCAAAUACCAACACAAGAACCUGCUCAUACUGUACGACGCUAUAGGGACGCUGGCCGACUCUGUGGGACACCACCUCAACAAGCCGGAGUACAUUCAGAUGCUGAUGCCUCCGCUGAUCGCAAAGUGGAACCAGCUGAAGGAUGAAGACAAGGAUCUGUUCCCAUUACUAGAGUGCCUGUCGUCAGUAGCCACCGCUCUACAGAGUGGGUUCCUUCCGUACUGUGAGCCGGUCUACCAGCGCUGUGUCAACCUGGUGCAGAAGACCCUCGCUCAGGCCAUGCUCCACCAGUCCCAGCCCGAGCAGUACGAAGCCCCUGACAAGGACUUCAUGAUCGUGGCUCUGGACCUGCUCAGCGGAUUGGCUGAGGGAUUGGGGGGCAACAUCGAGCAGCUGGUCGCCCGUAGCAAUAUCCUCACCCUCAUGUACCAGUGCAUGCAGGACAAAAUGCCGGAGGUACGUCAGAGCUCCUUUGCUCUGCUGGGUGACCUGACUAAGGCUUGUUUCCAGCAUGUGAAGCCAUGCAUCGCUGAUUUCAUGCCUAUACUAGGCACUAAUCUGAACCCCGAGUUGAUAUCAGUGUGCAACAAUGCGACUUGGGCUAUCGGAGAGAUUUCUAUACAAAUGGGGGCUGAGAUGCAGCCUUAUGUUGCCAUGGUGCUGCACCAGCUGGUUGAGAUCAUCAACAGGCCCAACACUCCAAAGACCCUGCUGGAGAACACAGCAAUAACAAUUGGUCGUCUUGGUUACGUUUGUCCUCAAGAGGUGUCACCCGUGCUACAGCAGUUUAUAAGACCCUGGUGCACUUCUCUACGCAACAUAAGGGACAAUGAGGAGAAAGACUCUGCGUUCCGAGGGAUCUGCACUAUGAUCAGUGUCAACCCUGGAGGAGUUGUGCAGGAUUUUAUAUUUUUCUGUGAUGCAGUGGCCUCAUGGGUAAAUCCAAAGGACGAUCUGCGAGACAUGUUUGGCAAGAUCCUCCAUGGAUUCAAGAACCAGGUGGGGGAGGAGAACUGGAGGCGUUUUUCGGAUCAGUUCCCUCUACCUCUGAAGGAACGGCUAGCGGCCUUCUACGGGGUGUAGAACCUUCCAUAGGAACGGGCCUGUUCAAGGGGGUCAUUCACUAUGGGAGACGACGGACGGGGAACCUCUUAUACCCAGGGAACAUGUUACCCUUUACUUGGGGUAGGCUCUGCCAGCUGGAGAGGGAGGGGGAUACUGACCGGGACCCCUCCUUAACCUUCUGGAUGGGCGGGGUGGGAGGGAGCUGUUAGUCAGCCGAGGCACUCAACGCCCCCAUGCAACAGGCGAUGGGGAACCGAGGGACUGGCAGGCCAACUUUAUCGAGGGAGGAAAAAAUAUUUAACCAUGUCAACAUCUCAAUCAGAAAUGAAAAGACUUAUCAGUGUAGCCGUUUUUGUUUUGUCUCUUCAUUUGCAUAUUUUCAUUCAAGCUCUCCAGCACAGCUACUGAGCGGACACUGAAACAAAAAAACGACAAACCAAGGUAAAAUAACGAAAAACAUAAUAAAACCGUGGAAUGCUCGGUAAAAGAUAUUGUUGUUUAGUUGUGAUAAGAUCAUGGGCUUAUACUUACAGAGGGGGUAGUGCUGAUUAACUUUCAGUUAAGUUUAAAUCAAUGCGUAUUGGCCAGAAUGUGUCGCUCACAGCACAGGGAGUUAGCGUACAAGUAGACUGAAGAAUACAAAUUAUUACAUUUAUGUGGGAGUGGUUCUACAAUCAGGAAAUUGCAUGGAAGUUAUGUAAAAAAAAAAAAGUGUCCUCAACUGCCAGGAAAGCUGCUACCAAGCAAAAGCAGCAGAGGAUCAAAUAGUAAAUGCUGAUAUUAUCAUAUCAUUUUUAAAUUAAAUAUAAUUAACCAGCAAGUUUGUAGUAUAUCUGGGACAAUGCCCUGCAUAACUUGGAAUAAUAAAAUAUUUAAUUUCCUUGUAAUCAUCAAUCAGGAGUAAUUAAGUUGAGUUGAUGAAAGAAAUUGGGAAUGGCGUUUUUAGUGUAAUAUCAGAGUAACACUAUUUAGUCAUGUUAGAAGACUGUUAAAAUCAGUCAGUGAAAGAUGGCAGACAGACUGAAUAAAAAUGUGUCUUAUUUGUGGUUAAAGAUUCAACAACAAAUAUUGUGAAAUUAAGUUUAGUACUUGCAUCAAAAAAAUGUGAAGCAGGCAGGGAGGGUGAACAGUAGAGUGGUGUGUGUUGCAUCAUUGUGUGUGUGUGUGUGUGUGUGUGUGUGUGUGUGUGUGUGUGUGACCCAAGUCUGGAACCCAUCUUGAUAUUCUCAUGUAGUGAAAUCCAUCUAGCAGGGUUUUUGUUGUGAUUUCCAAGAGACCGUGAACACUGCUACAUACAUGUUAAAACUCUGAGGUAAACUCGGCCCCGUGCUGUGCUGUGGAAGUGACGUGUCCGUUGUGUGCAUGGAAGUCUUACUAGCUGCCAUAAUGUCAGACUCUUAGAUGCCGACCCAACAGCAUAUUGGUUCUAAUCUCGUUUCCUGUCUUGCUGUCAUUUGUGAAAACAAUACUCAGUCUUGUCAAGUGAGACCGCUGUUCCUCAGUGUCAGAAGUGGGAGUGGGGUUUGGGGAAGUGGCAUACAGUGCUUUAGCUAAAAGGGUUCAUCCUUUGUUUCUUGGCUAUUGUUAUUUGGACUGGAACACCAGUCCUUCUGUGUUAUUAGUGUCUCUGUCUGUGACCUCGGUUGUCAAUCCAAAAGUCAGCAGAAAGCAAUCGUUGUUUUAAAUGAUUUAAUGUACAAUGUUUUAUUUUUAUUGUUGUUGUUGGUUUGCUUUUUGUGUGAAGAGCAUGACCUUUUCAAGGAUGAUUGUAAUUACUGUUUUGAACGCAGGGUACUCGAAUGCUUGAUCCCUUGCAUGUUGGUGGCCCUUUACAUCUCAAACAAGACAAGGGAGUGGGGGUGUGUUGUUUCAAUGUAACUAAUGUUAAGGUAAUUAUAAUUUCUUUACAACCCCAUUUAUCUGUUUUAGAGUAUUGGACUUUUAUUCUGAAAGUUCAGCUACAAUUUCAUCCAUAGCUGCAGGAGCAUUAAACAUUUACUGGUAGCCCAGAUCCACAGCCCACAUCCAAAUGUAUAGUUAUCUUAUUAAAUACUGUGAAGCUAGAACUUAGAUUUUAAAGAAAACGUGUUUCUUUGUUUUUGUAUGUUAUUAUUUUGACUCCAUUAAGUGCUUAGGUCGUGACAUUGUUAAUUGCCUGAAUAUAUCCCAUGGUGGGUAGAGAUUGGAUCGGGGGUAAUGCAGCUUCUUAUCUCUAACCAACCAAUCAGAAUGACUCUGCAGGUCAGAGUAAUCAUUGCAGUAUUCUGUCCAACUCACAGGGCACAUUUGAAGCACUAGUCAAACAGACAGAAUGUUAAGGAUGCUCUAGUAGACCCACACAUUUUCGUAUUGUAGAGCUAACAUAGUAUUCAUUUACAGGAGACUUAAAACACUAAACACCAUGUCUAACUUUACUGAUGAGAAUUCAGUAUAGUAUAAUCCUUUUAAUGGUGUGCGUGUGUAUAUAUUAGUCCUUUCAGUGAUUUUCCUUUUCCUGUUUUCUUUUUCUUUUUUAUUCCCAAUAUCACAAAUUCCAAAGGUUAGGGGAUAGAAUACUGCAGAUACUGACACAAAACCUUUGAAUAGGUCUCCUUGAGGUAUUUAUUAUGCUGUAUAUUUAUUAUAAAUAAUUUAAUGAUGUUUUGGAAAAUUGUAAUGUGUAGAGACUAGGUCAAUCAAAAACACUAGGUUAAUCAAAAACAUUAUGGGGAUAUGCCAAGUUAGCUUGGAUCCAAACUUUGUCACCAGGCUAAUCUUACAUGACAAAAAUAAGACAUCAUGGGAUAUAUGGACGCACUUGUUUCUGUUAUUGUAUUUGUCGUGUCUGUUGUUUUGCAGUUUAAAUUAUUUUGUCUUUGUCACAUUCCAGUUGUUUGGCAUUUGAAAAAAAUUGGAAGAAGCA